AUGAGUGGUGUUGCGCACGUCACUGGAGACGCGAUGGCUGUUCACCGGCAGCACGAAGAGGGAUCGACAUCGUCGUCAAUGUCCAUCAGCACCACCGAGCCCACAAUAGACUGCAGUCGCAAGAGAAUUCACAGCGAAACAGUUGAUUCAGAUGUCGAUGAAAGUACUAAGAACAUACCAACAACUAUGGACAGAUUUCCUAAGUAUGUGGAUUGUCAAGAAACAUUGGUGGAAAUGUCAUUUAUUAAAUGGUUAGCUGGUUUUCGGUUGGAAUGCCGUAAAAUUUCAUACCCUACUAAUACAGAACUUUAUUUUGGGUUAUUCAAUUUUUUUUGCCUGAAUAUAGCACCAGAAAUGGUUGAUUGCAGAAAUAAAAUUAAUAAAUCAACUCUUCUGAAAUCUUAUAUAGAACAAUCUAUGUUGUUUUUUCGAGGAUACUAUAAAACCAUACAAAAAGAUAAAAGGGAUACUUUGGAUGUUGUAUAUUAUGACAGAAUGAGUUCAAUGUUGGCCUAUUACAUAGAUUUGAAAUUAAUGUCAUCUCAGCGUUAUAAAGAAAACUCAUCUCACAAAAGAACUUCAAGUAAAAUAAAUACAAUGUUAUUUGUUUUUUUAGAUCAGAAACUUGAUUAUAUGUUUGAUUCAAUUUUUCAAUUAUACUAUGUAUUUUAUGGUUCUGUUAGUAUUAAUUUAGGAUCAAUAAUGCUUCCAGUUUUUAAAAAGUUACUAUCUGAACAUCCAAUGCCCAAAAAAAUGAAUUUUCUAACUUAUAUGCGGUAUAUUUUAUGUUUUAAAUUGUGGAAAAAAAUAAUUCACUCAUCACCGGGUAUGGCUGGUGCUGUUAAGAGAAAAGAACUGGAAAAUUUAAGAUUAUUAUUAAGAGGGUUGAAUGUUCCAAAUGAUUUUAUGAGUCAACAUGAAAAAUAUAAUUGGCCUAACUGGCCUAAAUUGACAAUGUCUCCAAAUGGAACUCCAGAUUCAAUUCAAAGAGAUUUAAAAAAUGUUAGUUUUGUUUUAUAUGGUGCAAAUUUAUCACUCAAGGAGUGUUACAAGGAUAUAUUGGAUGCUUCAAGAAAAGAUAUUCCAAUACUAUUGAAACCAAUUGAAGAACAGUGUAAAACGUUACGACCAGAUUUAUUUGCGAUUUCAGGAAAAGAAGUUUUGAAAAAUUGGAAUGAACAUUUUGAUGAAACUCUAAAACCACUUAUACCAACUACACGUUCCUGUAAUAGCUUGAUGAGAAAAAUCAAGUAUAAUUUGUAUACCCCAAGUAAGUAUGAAUGUCUUGAAAUUGAUGAUGAAACCGAUGAAGUUCGUGUUGUUCCAAUCAAUGAUGAUUUGAGUAAGGUAAAGCACAGUGGAGAAGGUUCAGAAAAUCAUUCGGUCCGGGAUAAAGAAAUUUCUUCACAUUCUGAUAAAAAAUGUAUGGAAAAAACUAAUCUUAUAAAUUCAUCAACUAAUGAAAUAAUUGAUGAAAGCAAUAAUGAUAAAAGUGAUGAAAAUGAUAAAUCUCCUGUUGAUACAUUAAAAACAUUAAUGGUUACUCUUGAAUCAUGCCCAGAUAAUGUAAAACCACAAUCAAAUGAAGAUGAAAUGCAAGUCAAUGUGAAGAAAUCAAAAUUAUCUGAAAAACAUGUAUUAUAUGGGGAUGACAACAGAUUAGAUCCUACAUUAUCUAAUAAUCCAUGUGAAUUGAGUUACAUUUCUGAAAGUGCAAGUACUUCUCAUCACACCGAAUGUGCUUAUUCUAAGGGACCAAAAAGAAAUCAAUGUUCAUCAUUUGGUGAAAAUAGUAAAAGCAAAAAAAUUUGCCGAACUAAGUCCAAGCAUGAUAAAAAUGUAUCAAACUGCAGCCCAAAUCAAAUCAUUGAUUCCAAUUGCCAAAACUCGAAUAUUGAGAAUAGUAGUUGUGUUACUUUAAAUAAUGACAACUCUGUACUUGAAAAUCCAAAGACUUCUCGAAACAUAAAUGGAGUUCCUCGUCUAAUGAACGAAUCUUCAGUUGAAGAAAACAAAUGGGUGACAAAAGCAUCACACCCUGAAUUAUCGAUAACAGCAGUCUUAAAUUUGAAA